UUGGCUGUCAGCUAGCGUAAAGAUUCAAACCAUAUAAAUAAUGGGCAAGAAGCAUAAAAAGCACAAGUCUGAAAAAUAUGAAGAGUACGGGGAGAGACCACUUAAAUUGGUUCUGAAGGUUGCUGGAAAUGAGGUGACGACUGGAAGCUCGAGCUUUGAAAACACAUUUGACGAACAUCCAGAUUUGGAGAAACACAAGGACAAGAAAAAGAAGAAAAAAAAGGAUAAGGAAAGGAACGAUACCAUGUCACCAGUUGAUGACAAGAAAAAGAAAAAGAUGACAAAGAAGAAGAAGGGACAGGAUGCUGAUACAGACUUGGAUGAUAGGGAGGCGAGCAGGACCCCUAUCCGUUCAGAUCUGGCGUCCUCUUUGAAUAAAGUGGAAGAGAAAGAACUGACCCCACUGCAGGAAGCAUUGAGUCAGCUCAUCAGACAGCUUCAAAGGAAAGACCCAAGUGCGUUUUUCUCGUUCCCUGUGACUGACCUUAUCGCUCCUGGCUACUCCACGAUCAUCAAGCGGCCCAUGGACUUCGGCGCAAUGAAGGAGAAAGUCAAGAAUGAGUAUUACCAGUCACUAGAGGAGCUCAAGGUGGACUUCAGAAUCAUGUGUGAGAAUGCCAUGAUCUACAACAAGCCAGAGACCAUUUACCACAAAGCUGCCAGGAAGCUGCUCCACUCUGGCAUGAAGAUCCUCCGCCCGGAGAGGCUUGAGAGCCUGAGGCAGAGUAUUGAGUUCAUGGCUGACCUAGAGAACCCAGCCAACCGGUCAAGUAAGACUGGAGAGGAGGUGGGAAACUCAAGCAUGGACCAGUGUAAAGACGGCCCCAGCCCCACAGAUCCUAGCGAGACUGCCCAGUCUGCCCCAAACACUCCCAGGAAAGACAACGACUCCAAAGACGAAGUGUCCAAGGUCGUCAGUCAGGCAGAGAAGGAGCUUGAGGAGAUCCGCAAGCUCAUUGAUGAUUCAGGAGGCAAACUGUCCAGCAGAGGGCUGGAGAGUGAGCUGGACUUUGAGAGGAGAAAGUCUGAUGGUUCCACCACACUGGCAAUCCUGAACCCAGUCGACCUUGUUGCUGGAGAUGUGGGCUACUGCCCUGUGAAGCUGGGCAUGAUGUCCAACCGGCUGCAGAGUGGCAUCAACACCCUGCAGGGCUUCAAGGAGGACAAGAGGAACAUGGUCACACCAGUAUCGUACAUGAACUAUGGUCCGUACACCUCCUACGCACCCGCCUACGACUCGAGCUUCGCCAACAUCGGGAAAGAGGACUCUGACCUGAUCUACUCCUUCUAUGGAGAGGAAGCCAGCCUCCAGGGAUCUGAGAGCCUCUCGGAGUUCCUGUCCAAAUCGGAGGAGCACAUGUACAAACUGGCAGACAACCUCCUGGACGCGUUGACUAACGGGGAGCACUCCAAAACCCUGAGAGAGACCCGUCCAGAUGAGCAAGGACCAACAGAAACCUCUGAGACUGGAGACAAGGACAUGGAGGUGGUUGAUCCGGAGGCCAGCAAGCAGACUGAAAGCAGACUAGCCUCCCUGGGCUCUGUGAUCGGCCUGGGCUUGGACCUCCAGACUCCACCGGACCUCCUCUCUGAGGAGGCCCAACACUUCCAGCAGAAGUUGGAUGAGACUACAAAGCUCCUCCGCGAGCUGCAGGAAGCGCAGCGGGAACGCUUGAGUGUCAAGCAGCCCCCCAACAUCAUCUGCCUGCUAGCCCCAACAACCAAGGAGCUGCAACUGGCUGAGAAGGUGACUGGUAACCUGGCCCAACUGACCAGUCAGGUGGCUCCAGGAGAUGUGAGCAGUGUGUAUGGGAUCAGGAGGGCCAUGGGCAUUGCUCUGCCCCUAGAGGCAGAUGAACCACUCAUAGACCUCACUACAGUUGAUGCUGAGCCAAUGGAUACCUUGCCUGAAGUUCAGCAGAUUCCAGUCAUCGCAGUAUAAUGGAAUUUCACGGCAACCAUCCUCCAAUCUCUGUUGUAGUGUACAAAAAGGUUCUUUGUUUGCAUUUCUUUUAAACCUUUUUAUAUAUAAAGCCAUUUGUCAUCUACCUUA